UCUAUGUUGAACCGAGUCAUCUCAAUGCUAAACAAAAUCUCUGGAUGGCAAAAUCUUUAUCAUAACGUGUCAUAGUUUCAAAUUUCAAUAUUGCAUUGUGGCGUGCUGUAAUCCCAAAGUCAUCUGCUUUAAAAUAGGCCUCGCGUUAUCUUUGUUUAGUAUACGAACAAAUUGAUUAUGCCUUAUUAUUGAGGGUUUAAAUGUCUUUAACUGUGCCUGUAUAAAAUGAUCGCUGUGUAUUUAACCUAGUAUUUUCUCUAAUUUGUUUCUGGAGGUCAUUCGAUCGGAUUUUAAUUAAAAUUGUUUGAACGCAUGGAUUUCCAAAAACUGUCGGACAUCAGUUAAACACGACCUUCUUGUGUGAGGAUAUACAGAUAAGUCCCAACGAAAGCGGAAUAGAAUAGUUCUGUGUCAGAAUUAUUGAAUACGCGUGCUUAAAAAAUAAAGUGUACAAAUGUAGUUGACAAAAACUACAUUAUUAUAAAGAAGUGAACCUCAAGCUUCCGUUUUGUCAAUUAUUGAGUAAGAUGAUAGCAACUCAAUCUUUUUAAUAGUUGUCAUCGUACCAAAAUACUGUUUGAUCAAACGUUAUAGAAAAGAUAUAUGACCGAUCUAUGCUUAAACGGAUAUACACAUGAAUUUGUAUUGUAAUUUACAAAACGUAAGCAUAUUUCGGUAAAAUUAUUGUACAAAAACGCCAUAGCAAAAUAAAAGUGACGUUUGAUGUUAUACUCUGUAAUAAUCUUCAGUGAACGCGUAAUAGCGAAAUACAAAACAACAAAAAACACAAUACAUUAUCUGGAAUUAUAAAUUAAAUACGCGGACCAGGGCGGGUAAAGUCGAUGCUACAAUUGUUCACCAAUUACUGAGCGGAAGUCGAUAUGGACGAUAUUCACCGGGAACUGCUGCUGAAGAGGCAGCGGUACCUGCGCGAUAACGUGAUCAUGGAGGAAGGGCUGUUGUCGAAACUGAGAGAGAGUGGCGUGUUCAACACGUCCAUGAUCCAGGUCAUUCAGAGCGAGAUCGACAACGACAGGCAGAUGGCGCGCCUGCUGGAUAUGUUGACCAAGCGCGGACCGGAAGCAUACGACAAGUUCAUGGACUGCCUGAGCGAGGACUACCCCUGGGUGGUGCAGAACUUCCGGGAGAAGGAGGCCGAGCUCAUGGAGCAGGAUAGAGCGGAAUCCGACGUGAACCGGGACAUCCGACAGACGGUGAAGGCGUACGUGAAGGAGCUCGCGCGCACGACUCGCAUGAACAACGCACAGCGGAAGAACGUCGAGGACUUCCUGUGCCGCCAGAUCACCAUAGAUACCAACCUGAACAGUGGCAGCAUGCCGGGCCGCAAGCUGUACGCCAUACACAGGCGCCUUAUGCAAGGGAUCCCGUUGUCGUCUCUCGACGAAAGCGACCAGGGUGACCUUGAAAACAUACUUCCGGACAACGUCACCAUCGACAAGAUCGAAAAAGAGGUCAGUCUACUCGUUGAUCGGGUACAAGAACUAGAGACAAUUAUAGAAAGCUGCUAUGAAAAGCUUGGCGAAACCAGUAAAGACAAGUUUCUACCUGAUUUGGUAUUCUGUCAGCAUAAGCUCCUAUUGGAGCGAGACAUUAAAAUCGAAGAGCUGAAACAAAAGGUGCAAUCGCAGCAGAAGACGAUGCGUCUAGCGCGCGAAAAGGAAAGACGCGCCCGGGAAGAAAGCGAGAAGAAUAAGGAGGGCAAAGACGAGGUGGUGAAAUCGCUCGACACGCUAAAGAUAAAGAUCCAGAAGAUGCAAGAGGAACGGCAACGGAUGGGGAUGCGAAUGGCGUUCGACGUCGCGUUCGGCUCCACCAUCCACCCCAACGUCCCUUCCGGUGUAGCGUCACAGGACCGACCGCGGAAACACAGACGAUCGUCAGUUGAUAAACAGACAGAGGGCGACGACAUGCAGAAAGAUGGUGAAGACAACACCAGCUAAUGAUGUAGAGACGGCGCUUUUUGUACCAUCAGCAAAACAAUGAGAACGGUUCUAGUUCUAUAAAGUGCUGUAACAAAAUAGACAUUGUGUUAUGCAUGCCAAUUAAAUAACUAUGAUAUCGCAGAUACUGAUCUUUGUGGACAAGGUAACCUUAUGUAAAGGUUUACAUGUAUGCCUAAAUUACUGUUUAAUUGUUGUUGUAUUAAAUUGCUAAACUUAAAUGACACUGACUUGCCGUUUGCUGACCUCGUUUAUGGUCAUAUCUGAAAGCUCUGUGAGUGUAUAUUUAUUUUUUAAACAUUUACAAAUAAAACUAUUGGCACUGAA